AGUCGCCGUUCGACUCUGAGUAUAAACCGUCGUCUGAGCAAAAUGGUGAGUGUGUGGCGAUCACGGUUUCGUUGGAGCGUCAGCGUGUUGGCGGCGGUGGUGGCGGGCGCGCUGGUCGCCUUGCUGGUGCUCCAGCCGUGGAACAGCAGGGACCACCCGCGCUAUCCGCGCGCCGCCGUCGCCGCUAAUGGCUACGAAUGCGCUUCUAUUGGCCGUGAAAUACUAGAGAAAAACGGUUCUGCCGUGGAUGCGGCCAUAGCAACUUUAUUUUGCGAGGGGUUGGGCUGCGCACAAUGUAUGGGGCUCGGCGGCGGGUUUUUGGCGACGGUGUACGACGCAUCCACGGGAGAGGUUCGUGUGAUCAACGCGAGAGAGAGGGCGCCAGCGGCUACUCACGAGAAUAUGUACGACAACAAGUCCUCCGUAGUGGGAGGCUUGGCCGUCGCCGUGCCCGGGGAGCUCAGAGGUUACGGGGAGCUCCACCGGGUAUACGGACGCCUGCCGUGGAACGAGUUAGUGAAACCAGCAGCGGAACUAUGCCGCAAUGGUCACCGAGUCAACGAAUACAUGGGCCGCGUCCUCCGGUCUUACAGCGACAGGAUCAAAGCCGAACCUUCUAUGAGGGAAGUAUACGUGAACCCGGAAACAGGGGAGGUGUGGAACGAGGGCGAUUACAUUCGCGAACCAACCCUGGCACAAACAUUGGACGUGAUCGCCGAAGAGGGCCCGGAGGCGAUUCACAACGGUUCGCUUACGGCCGCGCUCGUCAGAGAUAUUCAAGCGUUCGGCGGAAUCGUCACCGAAGACGAUCUCAGGAAUUACAGGGUGGAAUGGCAAGAUCCUAUCGCGGUGCCCAUAACAGAAGACUACACGUUGUACUCGGUGCCGCUGCCGGGAUCGGGCUCGGUGCUGGCGUUCAUCCUCAACAUGUUGCGCGGCUGGGUCGGGCCCGGGAGCGACGUGCCCAUCACCUCCAACCUCUACUGGCACCGCAUCGUAGAAACCUUCAAAUAUGCGUACGCGAAGCGAACCGGCCUCGGCGACCCUUCACGUUAUAACCUGCCGUAUGCCAUCCAGGAGUUAGAACGGAAUCUGUCUUCCCGAGAAUGGGCGGAGUCGCAUCGUGCCUUGGUAGACGACACACGCACGUUUUCGGACUGGCGACACUAUGGUGCUCUAUUCGAGGGCGCUGACGACCACGGCACCGCUCAUAUAGUAGUCGUUGCGCCGGACGGUAGCGUCGUGUCAGCCACAAGCACCAUUAAUUACAUAUGGGGAUCACAAAGGCGAUCGCGAAGUCUCGGUAUAAUGUUGAAUAACGAGAUGGACGAUUUCGCGAUACCGAACCGGGAAUCGGCUUACGGGCUGCCGCCCUCACCGGCGAACAUGCUGGCUCCGGGCCUGCAGCCGCUCAGCUCCAUGGUGCCGAGCAUCGUACUGUCGCAGGACGGCGUCGCAAGCCUUGUACUUGGCGCGGCGGGUGGCACCAAAAUCACUACUCAAGUGGCCUUGGCGGUUAUGCAUACAAUCCUCGAAGGAGUUGAUCUACCAGAUGUCAUGCUUCGACCGCGACUUCAUCAUCAACUAUUGCCGAUGGAAGUUGAAUACGAAGCAGAUUUCGAUGCGACGGUGAUACAGUCUCUGCAGGAGAGAGGCCACGCGACAACAGCUCGUGGCCCAACGGCAGGUUUUGCAGCAAUGGUGGCGGCGGUUCGCGAUGACAGCGGAUACUUGAUACCGCAGACUGAUCGAAGAAGACUUGGCAGCAUUGAUGGUUUCUAAUAAAUUACAUGAAUUAAAUAUGUUUAUGUAUGAUAUAAUAUGUAUGGAUACCCAAUGUUACAUCCCAAUGUUACAUUCACUUAACGUUCGUCGUGUCGAAGAAAACCACGACUCAGAAAGAUUUAUUAAAGCAACAACUUUUAUAAUUUUAUUAUAUUUAAAGCAAGUAAAUUAAAAUUAGUACACAUAUAUGUACUUGCUGUGCGCACACACUAAGACAGAAAGUUAAAUUUUAAGUUUUUUUAAGAUCAAUAAACAAGUAGCCCUGUUCCUAAUGAAGAAGAGGAAUAAUCUCUUUAUACAAUACAUACUGUUAUACGAAAGACGAUGUAAGUAAUAAAUAAUGAAAAAUAUCCAAUCAAAAAAGGGGCAAAUACGUCCGUACUCUGUAUUCUUAGAAAAAAAAAAUAGGUAUUAAUUCAAAUAAUUUGUGUGAUAUAUUUAGUAGAAAUUGUUGUUAGUUAAAAUAAAAUUAUUUUCGUUGUUAGAUUUUUUAAAUUGGUACUUAUGGAUUGUAAAUAAUAUUUUAUCUAAUGUAUUCAUUUUAUUUAUAAGUUACUGUGAUGUUUUCGUUUAUUGUUUUAAUUAAAGAAAAAUUUAACG